UUACAUGUCAACGAUUGUCAUUUGAUGUCAUUAUAUGUUUAUUGACACCAUACGAUCGGUGAUAUUUUAUAAUAAUCCGUAAUAUGGACUUCAAAAACAAAUAAAUAUUUUAACCAAACUGCAGUCAUUAACUAGAAUUUCAACAAUGAAAUAGCUUUCGAAUAGAGUAAGCUAGAUAACGACGGUAAAGACAAAACAAGAACCAAUAUCUGAAAAAGCGCACCGAAAUACAGACUAUCUUUAGCACGUGCAUCAAGUACAUAGCUACAUACGCUUGACCAGGUUGCUAUAUUUUCAUCUAAAGACCACAGUGAGGCUCUCAACAAGGAGCGAAAACUCACUACUCACACGAGUUAUAGGCGACCACUAGACUCGGUUGAAAUGCUUUGGGGGAUGUCGAUGAUGCUACAUUUGUGCUAAUUAUUCACUUUGUUGCACUGCAUAAUCAUACAACAGCAAUACAGAACAACAAAGGACCAAACUAAAGCAUAAAUACAGAAACAAAUUUAAUCCUUUAUGAGCAAGGGGUUUAAUUUUAAAUUUUGUAUAGAAACAUGUGAAAUGUAAUUUGAUUGUGUUUAUUUUUUCAAUGAAUUAUUAUUAAGAUUUAUAUCCUCUUUUUUUUGUUUGUUUUUUAUUUUUCGUUUUUUUAUGACCAGGGGGACAAACUAUGUAUUUUAAAUCGAUGAUUUAAUUGAUUUCCAAAUCAAACAAGAACGAAUUUAAUGACAUGAGUAUUACAUACAAACAUGUCAAUUUUCUAAGUAAAUGGAGAGGAACAUUUAGUUUUAAAACCCAUACUGUCACUCAUUUGUCAAUUACAUUACUUAACACACAUACAAAGGUGUAUAAAUAAAUUUUGAGGUUUAUCCAAAUAUUAUGAAAAAAGUUUAAGUUAACUGUUUGAUUAACAAAAGUGUCCAUUUAAAGCUGUAAAACUUGAUGUUAUUUAUUGCAUAGGGAAAUAGAGAAAAGACGAAAAGACAAUGUAUGCCAAGGAUUUACAUGGAAAUAUUCUGACAUCUGGUGGAUAUAGAGCUGAGAUUACCAGCAGGAUGACUGUAAAACCUCCCACACGACAGCAUGUUCCACAGUACGCAAGAAUUAAAGAAGACAAUAGGUCCCAUAAAUGCGCUGAAUGUGAUAAACUUCAUUUUGAGAUAGAACGACUGCAAAUGCAACUUGAGGAGAGAUCCAGUAGAGGAACCAGGCUAGCAAUGAUUGACACAAGAGAAUCAGGACGUUCGGGUGAUUACAGACAUAAUAAUAGCUGGGAAGCUUCAUGGGCAGACACUCCAGAUCUUCUAUCCACUCACAAUAAGGGAGAAAAUCAUAGACAAAGACGUCAACAAACUGAUCUACAAGAAGAAGUAAAGCGACUGAAAAGAGAACUGCACCAAAGAACAUUGGAAGUGAGGAAUUUACGCGAUCUACGUACUCAAACACCCACCGGUGCUGAUGUAGACGCAAUGGUAGACCCUUUGCCAGUUGACAGAGUGUCAUCAAUGUAUACCGACAUUUACCAAAACGAUUGGUCAACAGCAAAUAAAGCUUUACAAAAGGAUAAGUUGAACCACGAACAAGCUGCUCAAAAACUGCUUACCGUACUGAUUGAUGCUUUUACUUACUGUGACAAAGUUGCACCACAGCAUCUAGAGGCAAUUCUCAAAUCAACUAUUAAAGUCAAAAUUCAGGGCACAACAAAUGUUCCGAGCACUAAAGGUGAAGAAGCCGACAUACACCAAGAAGCUGGAUUUUUUAGAAAAUCUAUAGCUGAGAAAGUAGCAUUGAAUAUCAUCAAGAAUUUUCGAUAUGAAGUUUUUAUGAGGAAGAACACUUUUACUCCCAAACAAAAGCAGAAUAUAGACAUUACUUCAUAUGUAGAUAAAUGUGUUCAAAUCACAUGGUACAUGGCGGUUCAAAAUUAUCCAAUUAUCUUAGAUGACAGUGUAUCACGUGAUAAAACUUUUGAAUACACGCACUACACCUCUUUCAACGAGGAAGAUGAAGUUCAUGGUGCUGUUUAUCAUUAUCUUAUUUGGCCAGCUCUUAUAAAUGCAGAAAAUAAUGUAUACCUUUGUAAAGGUGUUGCUGAAAGAUCAAAGUCGUUUUAAUUUUUCAUGUUUUAUCACAGAAGAAUGUUUUAAAAUGUUACCUCCUGUCUUGUUAUGGAAGUAAUGUUAUUUAUUAUGUACGAUUUUUCACACAGGCGAAGGUACUAUUGAUUAUUCGUAGAAAAUUUUAAUAAAACAUGCAUUUUGAAUAA